AUGUCGAAUUAUCCCAUCAACCCUUCCACGAUUGCUGCGCCACACUCACAAUCACCACUUGGUGCUAAUAUUUCUUCGGCCUCGUUAACAACCGAACAAGAAUUUGAGACAGGUAUUCGAAUAAUUCGUGAUGCUUAUCGUAAAAAGAUCGCGACAAAAGAUGCCGAAAUCGACGCGUUGUAUAAAGAUUUACGGCGUAGAGAUGCAGAAAUUCAAG